GAAUUUGCCAAGAUGUUCUCUGCUCAGAACAAGAUCCACAAGGAUAAGGGUGUGGCACCAACAGACUUCGAACAAGAAGUUGCUCAGGCUUUCUUUGACUUGGAGAACACCAACCAGGAGUUGAAAAGUGACUUGAAAGAUCUCUACAUUAACCAAGCUGUUCAGAUGGAUAUUUCUGGUGGACGCAAGGCUAUUGUGAUCUACGUUCCAUUCAGAUUGAGGAAAGCCUUCCGCAAGAUCCAUCCUCGUCUCGUCAGAGAGCUUGAGAAGAAGUUCAGUGGAAAAGACGUUGUCUUUGUUGCCACCAGAAGAAUCAUGCGUCCCCCUAAGAAGGGCUCUGCUGUUCAGAGACCACGCAACAGGACUCUCACCUCCGUUCAUGAAGCCAUGCUUGAGGAUGUUGCUUACCCUGCUGAGAUUGUUGGAAAGCGUACCAGAUACCGUGUUGAUGGCACCAAGAUCAUGAAGGUCUUUUUGGAGCCAAAGGAGAGGAACAACACUGAGUACAAGCUUGACACAAUGGUCGGUGUCUACAGGAAGCUUACAGGGAGAGAUGUUGUUUUCGAGUACCCAAUCGCAGAAGCUUGAAGAGAUGAGAAUGUUUGGUUAUUUUUUUGUCGGAUAGUGAGCUUUUGAUUCUGUUUUGGAGUAAAAACUCUUUGCAAAAGAUUUUCUUUGUUUAAGCUGUUGCAUCUCAGUCUUCCUCAAAACUUGUGUCUAAAACAAUAGCUUUCUCCUGUUCUUGAAUCAUUCACGGUUUAAGAAAGAUUUUAUCUCGAAAAAUUCUC